AUGGCGUCGGAGGUGACUCACAGUUGGAGAGAUUCUUACAAGGGAAUGUCCUCUGACAACAUCAAGGGUUUGGUUUUGGCGUUGUCUUCAAGCGUCUUCAUUGGUGCUAGCUUCAUUGUUAAGAAAAAGGGUUUAAAGAAAGCCGGGGCGUCUGGAGUUAGGGCAGUGAUGGCGUCGGAGGUGACUCACAGUUGGAGAGAUUCUUACAAGGGAAUGUCCUCUGACAACAUCAAGGGUUUGGUUUUGGCGUUGUCUUCAAGCGUCUUCAUUGGUGCUAGCUUCAUUGUUAAGAAAAAGGGUUUAAAGAAAGCCGGGGCGUCUGGAGUUAGGGCAGGCAGACCAGCUGAAAAUAGGGGAAACAAAUUGCAGUAUGCAGUAAAGACCAAUUAG